AACCCUUCUUUGCAAGGAAAGGAAGUGCAGGUCCUUAAGGGGAGGGGGGUCUAAGAGGGAGAGGAAUUUCAUCUCCUUUGAAUUUUUCAGGUCUUAGCCUGGAUCAUCACUCAUAUCUCAGAGCAGAAUCACCACGGCUGAUGAAUGUUCUGGCAUUUAGAGCGCUCCUGGAGAAAGGGAGCUUUGUAGUUAUUAGGCAGGGGGGUGGGGGGAAUGGAGGAACACACAAGCAAAAAAUCCAAGGCUGCGUGAGCCUCGCUGGUAAGGUAGAAGAAGGCAGUCGUCUGUGGAGGUGGAUUUUGUCAACAGACUGGAGUCCUUGGCAGGAUUAUGACAGCCCAGAAGAUAUGCAGAAAUGAGUGCAUUGGAGUAGCUGUGCCUGAGAUCUGCUUGUGCAGGCUGUCCACUGGAGAUGCUUGAAUGGUGAUUUACAUGGAACUCGGAAACACCACUGUCCGUCUUCAGAGUGCAGAGUAAUUCUCCAGUAUUUCAUCACUAGUUUGCUGGAAGGCAGCGAGGCUAUGUUCCUCGGACCCUGGCCUUUUUCUCGCCUUCUGUCCUGGUUUGCCAUUUCCAGCAGACUGUCAGGACAGCAUGGCCUCCCUUCCUCCAAGUUCCUGAGAUGUUUGUGCCUCUUGGCCCUUUUGCCUCUCCUUCGGUGGGGGCAAGCACUCCCCUACAAGAUCGGGGUCAUAGGUCCCUGGACAUGUGAUCCGUUCUUUUCCAAGGCCCUGCCUGAGGUUGCUGCUGCUUUAGCAAUUGAGCGAAUCAGCCGGGACAAGACAUUUGACAGGAGUUACUCCUUCGAAUACGUGAUUCUUAACGAAGACUGUCAGACUUCAAAGGCCCUCGCCAGUUUCAUUUCCCACCAGCAGAUGGCCUCAGGAUUUGUUGGGCCUGCCAACCCUGGCUUCUGCGAGGCAGCCUCACUCCUGGGAACCAGCUGGGACAAAGGGAUUUUCUCUUGGGCUUGUGUGAAUCAUGAAUUAGAUAACAAACAUAGCUUCCCAACCUUCUCUCGGACACUCCCUUCUCCGAUACGGGUGCUUGUAACCGUCAUGAAGUAUUUCCAGUGGGCACAUGCUGGGGUCAUUUCCUCAGAUGAAGACAUUUGGAUGCAUACAGCCAAUCGAGUCUCAAGUGCUCUUCGGAGCCAGGGCCUACCUGUAGGGGUCGUCCUGACCUCGGGACGAGACAGCCAGAGCAUUCAGAAAGCUCUCCAGCAGAUUCGCCAGGCAGACAGAAUUCGCAUAAUCAUAAUGUGUAUGCAUUCAGCCUUGAUUGGGGGAGAGACACAAACACACUUCUUGGAAUUGGCUCAUGAUCUGAAAAUGACAGAUGGGACUUACGUCUUUGUCCCCUAUGAUGUACUGCUCUACAGUUUACCUUAUAAGCACAGCCCCUACCAGGUCCUGAGGAACAAUCCAAAGCUCCGGGAAGCCUAUGAUGCUGUGUUGACUAUUACAGUGGAGUCCCAUGAAAAGACCUUCUACGAAGCCUAUGCAGAAGCAGCAGCCCGCGGAGAAAUUCCUGAGAAGCCUGACUCAAACCAAGUUUCACCGUUGUUUGGAACCAUCUACAAUUCAAUUUAUUUUAUCGCACAAGCCAUGAAUAAUGCUAUGAAAAAAAAUGGACGGGCUAGUGCUGCCAGCCUGGUUCAGCAUUCCAGAAACAUGCAGUUCUAUGGAUUCAACCAGUUGAUAAAGACAGACUCAAAUGGAAAUGGGAUUUCUGAAUAUGUAAUCCUGGACACCAAUGGGAAAGAAUGGGAACUUCGUGGCACCUACACUGUGGACAUGGAAACUGAACUGCUAAGGUUCAGAGGGACCCCAAUUCAUUUCCCUGGCGGCAGACCUACUAGUGCAGAUGCAAAAUGCUGGUUUGCAGAAAGGAAGAUCUGCCAAGGAGGUAUUGACCCUGCCUUGGCCAUGAUGGUCUGCUUUGCUUUACUUAUAGCCUUGCUGUCUAUCAAUGGAUUUGCUUACUUUAUAAGGCGACGUAUAAAUAAAAUCCAGUUGAUUAAAGGACCCAACAGAAUCCUACUGACUUUGGAAGAUGUGACAUUUAUUAAUCCCCACUUUGGCAGUAAGAGAGGAAGCCGUGCCAGUGUAAGCUUCCAGAUCAUCUCAGAAGUUCAAAGUGGGAGGUCCCCAAGGCUGUCCUUUUCUUCAGGUAGUCUAACUCCAGCUACAUAUGAGAACUCCAACAUAGCAAUCUAUGAGGGUGACUGGGUAUGGCUGAAAAAGUUCCCUCCUGGAGAUUUUGGAGACAUUAAGUCUAUCAAAUCGAGUGCAAGUGAUGUGUUUGAAAUGAUGAAGGACCUGCGGCAUGAAAAUGUCAACCCUCUAUUGGGUUUCUUCUAUGAUUCGGGGAUGUUUGCCAUCGUGUCAGAAUUUUGUUCUCGAAGGAGCCUAGAAGACAUACUUACAAAUGAUGAUGUGAAACUUGAUUGGAUGUUCAAAUCAUCACUACUGCUUGACCUCAUCAAGGGGAUGAAAUACUUACACCACAGAGAAUUUAUUCACGGGAGGCUAAAGUCUCGGAACUGUGUGGUAGAUGGGCGUUUUGUCCUAAAAGUGACAGAUUAUGGCUUUAAUGACAUUUUAGAAAUGCUGAGACUCUCUGAAGAGGAACCUUCUGAAGAAGAGCUGCUGUGGACGGCCCCUGAACUGUUAAGAGCCCCUGGGGGCAUCAGGUUAGGUUCAUUUGCAGGAGACGUCUAUAGCUUUGCCAUCAUCAUGCAAGAAGUGAUGGUUCGGGGUGCUCCUUUCUGCAUGAUGGAUCUGCCUGCCAAAGAAAUCAUAGACAGACUUAAAAUGCCUCCCCCUGUGUACAGACCCGUGGUUUCUCCUGAGUAUGCCCCUGCAGAAUGUCUCCAGCUGAUGAAGCAGUGCUGGGCUGAGGCGUCAGAACAGCGACCAACUUUUGAUGAAAUAUUUAACCAGUUUAAAACUUUCAACAAAGGGAAAAAGACUAAUAUUAUUGAUUCUAUGCUUCGGAUGUUGGAGCAGUAUUCUAGCAACUUGGAAGAUUUGAUCCGGGAACGGACUGAAGAAUUGGAAAUUGAAAAACAGAAAACGGAAAAGCUUCUAACACAGAUGCUACCACUAUCAGUUGCUGAAUCCCUCAAGAAGGGCUGUACAGUUGAACCUGAGGGAUUUGACUUGGUCACCUUGUACUUCAGUGACAUUGUGGGCUUCACCACCAUCUCAGCCAUGAGUGAGCCCAUUGAAGUUGUGGACCUUCUGAAUGACCUGUACACACUCUUUGAUGCCAUCAUUGGCAGUCAUGAUGUCUAUAAAGUAGAGACCAUUGGAGAUGCCUACAUGGUGGCCUCAGGCCUUCCCAAGAGGAAUGGCAGUAGGCAUGCAGCUGAGAUUGCAAACAUGUCCCUGGAUAUCCUGAGUUCUGUGGGUACCUUUAAGAUGCGACACAUGCCAGAGGUGCCAGUCCGAAUUCGAAUAGGCCUGCACUCGGGGCCUGUUGUUGCUGGAGUGGUGGGCCUCACCAUGCCCAGAUAUUGCUUGUUUGGGGACACUGUGAACACAGCUUCUCGAAUGGAAUCAACAGGGCUACCAUACCGAAUUCAUGUCAGUCUCAGCACAGUAACAAUUCUUCAAACUCUGAGUGAAGGCUAUGAAGUAGAGCUUCGUGGAAGAACAGAGCUCAAGGGCAAAGGCACAGAGGAGACCUUUUGGCUUGUUGGAAAAAAGGGUUUCACCAAACCUCUUCCUGUACCCCCACCAGUGGGCAAAGAUGGGCAAGUGGGCCAUGGCUUGCAACCAGCAGAGAUUGCAGCAUUCCAAAGGAGAAAAGCAGAGAGGCAGUUGGUGCGAAACAAGCCAUAAGAUGGAAAGAAGUCCAGCAUUUGAAUCUCCUCUUGGCAAAGCAACAUUGAAGCUCAUUACAGAAGCUCAUUAAAGAUCAUGAUAUUCUCCUGCCUGAGCAAGAUACUAGUGAAUGAUUAUUCCUCUGAGGUGGCCUAAUCUCCAGGGAAAAGUCAAGCCCAAUCCCAGUGUAUGGAGUCUCCUGGGAAGGAACUUUGCCCAUAGGUUUUGUUCAUUACUAGGCUAUCACCAAAACCAAACCAAACAAAAGCAUAGGGAAAAAAACCCCAAACUAUUGGAAUGCAAACUGAAAUGAAUGUAAACACCCAGGAGAGGGAUAUAACCAACUCUGAGUUUAGUCAUUCCAAAGUAGCGUGGUCAACUUGGAUGAAGAAAAGAGGUCUCUCUUUUCAUAAAAAGUAGGCAGUACUUUGUUUUCCUUGUAAUUUUAUUUGAAUUUUUAGAAAGAUUUUAGUACACAUAACUGAUAACUCAGAUGCCAUGAGAUUAACUGCAGGGAAAGGGACAGCUGACUUCUAGUCUAUGUCUAUAAAGCUAUGACAUUAGGUGACUGGAGAACAGAGACAAUGAAUGGGAGGUAAAGAGCCUAGGUAGCUGUGUUAUCUGAAUAACUGAAGGCUAUGAAGAAAUUUCUUUUCUUACCACUUAUUGUUCAAAAUCUUUCAAAAUUGUUAUCUUUUUUUCUUAUCCAAGUACAGACAAUCUGGACAAUAUAAUUGAAUUGUCCUUGCUAGGUGAGGCUCUUCCUGGGCCUCAGGGACAUACACUGAACAUACCAGAAUAAAUGUAAGAGACACUGUCAGGGUAAAAGACAUAGAAGUCACAGAAGCAAGGGAGCGAUUUCUUUGAAGUCUUAUAUUUCCCCUUCCUUCUGACUGCUCUGCCUCCAACCUCAUAUUCAUUUUCCAAGAGAGAUUCCUUUCAAUAUGUGUUAUGAUUUUACAAUUUUAGUUUUCAAGGUUGUAUUUUCAAGAGGCUAUUGGCAGUGGCUUGCCAUAGUCACACGGACUAAAGCAGUAAGACUUAAGGCAUAGGCAUUUUCAAAAUGGUUAAGCAAGCUUUUCUUCCCUUUUAUUAUAAAAAUAAUCUCUUUAUUAAAACCUAACCCAAACAUGUAAGCCAAUAAAGAAGUUAAUUCUUUUAGAACAACCCCUUUAAAAGGAAGAAAUGCCUAAGGUAUAAUUUGAUACCUUUGUCAACUGUUUAAUUUUUCCAUAACCAACUUACCCCAAAUCUGAGUUUGGAGUCGAGAGCCAACCCCAGCAGUUCUUUUUCUCUCCAGUGCUGAAUCAAAGUGCCCUACAUUGCUAGGUAUCACAGCCUCAGGUGGUUCACUUACUAUGCAGGAGGAUGUAGCAAGACUGAUGUUGACUUCACUUCCUUCUGAUGAGUUUUUUUGUUCUUUGUCUGGAUGUUCUAGAGAAGAAGGAGACAGACAUGUCAUCACCUCUUUGUGUCAGUCAAGAGCUGAGCUUUAAAAACUUUCCUUCUAGAAUAAGAGAUGAUGUGAAGCAGUGUUUCUCUUUCAGGAGAGGUAACACAGUUCUUUACUAGGAAAAUGGAUGGAGCAUUGGAGGCAAAGCAUGGGCACUAGUGCUAAGUCAUCCAUAGAAUGUUGGGUACAGCAUUCUAUUGAUAUGAAUCAUCCCAGACAUAUCCCAUUCUGUGCUUCCCCACGUGUAGGCCUUCAAGUUAAUUGCUGUCUAACCCAGUGGUUCUCAACAUGUGGAUCACAAACUCUUUGGCAGAGCCAGUGAACCUUUCACAAAGAUUGCCUAAGAUGAUUGGAAAACAGAUAUUUACAUUAUGACUGAUAACGGUAGCAACAUUACAGUUAUGAAGUAGCAACAAAACUAGUUUUAUGGUUGGAGUCACCACAACAUACGAAACUAUAUUAAAGGGUUGGAGGAUUAAGAAGGUUGAGCAUCACUGGUCUGGCCAAAAUCUUUCAUCAGAUAACAAACCCUAAUGAGGAUGCUCCUUUGCUGUCUUCCUGACCCUACUCCCUACUUCCUUUCUUUCCCUUUAGCUGUUCAGUAUGUCCACAAAAUUUAUCUUUCUAGCCUGUUUUCUUUCUCACAUCUUGCUUCCCUUGAUUUAAUCACAAGUGAGUUCCAAGGUAAAGCUGUUAUAUUCAUCUUAGUUUCUUUUGCAUAAAUGCCUUUACCAUUAACCCAAACUCAGCUUUCUUCUAUUUGCCUUGGUAUUUAUUAAUUAUAUAAGAAGAAGGCACACAUUUCCGAUUCUCAUUUGAUUGACUUAGUGAGCUAGAGUCUGAUUCCUAUACACAAUUGAUUGAUUGCUAGCACAGUGGGUGGAGCUGGUAGGGACCUGAAUGAUUUCUUUCAAAGCACUGUUCUUAUUUGUUUGUUUGGUUGGUUUGGUUUGGUUUUUUGUUGGUGGUGGGUUUUUCCUUUUAGAUAUUUUUCUUUUUAUUUAUUCCUCUCUCAUAUAUUACACCCUGACUGCAGUUUUCCCUUCUUCCUCUCCACCCACUCUCUCCCUCCCCCACCUCUUAUUUCCCCUGCCCUAUCAUUCCAACUUUGUCUCCCCUCAGAAAAGUACAGUUCUUCCAGAGACAUCAACCAAAUACAGCAUAACAUGCUACAAUAAGACCAGGCAUAUAUUCUCACACUAAAGCUAGAUGAGUCAACCCAGUAAUAUGAAAAGAGUUCCAAAAGCCAGCAAAAGAAUCAAAGACAGCCCCCAACUCCACUACUACGAAUCCCACAAACUACUGUCCUACACAACCAUAACAUAUAUACAGAGGACCUAGGUCAGACUCAUACAGGCUCCCUGAUCUCUGUGAGCCCACUUGAGUCCCAGUCAGUUACAAUGUUUUGUUUUGUUUUUGUUUUUAAAUGGCUUACAUUUCCUGUAUGAGAAAAAAUAUUCAGAAAACUAAGGAUUUUUCAAUUGACGUUUUAAGUUAGUUUUAUUCUAACCAUUUUAUCUCCUUGUUUUCUGGUGAUUCGCCUCUUUUCAAAAUGGAUUACUGAAAAAGGAGAGCAAAAUGCUAAGGAAGAACAAGUUAACUUUUGUUUAUUUGAAGUUUUACCCUAUAUUGUAGACCAUGGCAUAUUGCAAUGGUCAUCCAUUGAGUAUUAUAUAGAUUUUUUUUCUCUUUUUCCUCUGUAGAUCACAAUAACAGUAUAUGGUCCUUGUAUAGAAUGUAGAAAACAUAGAAAGCCACAAGUGAAGUUAGAAUCGCUCAACAUAACUUUAGUUAGUUAUUCUAUUUUGUGAUUCCCAUUUGGGUUGGCAUAAUAGAUUAUGACAUGUUAUAAUAUCUAUUCAGCCUAAAUCAGCUGAUUCUCAAACUAAACUGUUUUGCAUUUAUUUUCUUGUCCGUAAUGUUUCUAAUAUUUUGAUGGUACAAGCCGAUUCUUGUAUAUUGUCGGCCAAUUUCAGUGAUCUAUUUGUUCUUUAUCUCACUUGGCAUAGCAGAGUAGACGGAGAUAACUGAUGACUACCUCUUCUAAGCACUAUAACUUGACUACACGAAGUUACUCCAUCAAGAUGUAUUAGUCUAAGGACUCCCAUAACUGCCUUGUCUUACACUUAGAAUUAUUAUACAAACAACUUGAUUAGCGUGAAUCUUGUCUCAUCACAUCAAUUGGAUUGUCCUCAAUCCAAAUGGAAUCAGCUUGCAAAGAGUAGGAAGUGGCACACAGCCAAGCAGCUAGGUGCUCACAUCUAUCUGAUAAUCCAGCAAUGGGAUAUAACUUAAACAUGCAGUUGAAUCAAGCCAGUAUUAUUAAGCUGAAAGAGCACAGUGGUUGAACCAUUUACAUUCACUUCUUCAGGCAACCAUGGGUGGUCUAAUCAAUAAUAUGUCCCACCUGGUUGAUUGUUAGACCAUUAAAAUAAUGGAUUCUGGCAUGGGGUGUAGCUUAGAUGGUAGAGUGCUUACCUAGCACCAACAUGACCCUAGCAAGGUCCAACCCCCAGUAUGCCAGUCAGAUGUGGUGGUACAUAACUGUAAUCCUAACCCUAAGGAGGUAGAGGUAAGAAUCAGAGGUUCAAGGCCAUCAUCAUCUACUCAGUGAGUUUGAGACCAGCCUGUGUGAUACAUGAGAGCUUCAUAAAAAAAACUUAAAUGAAAUAAUAGAGUCUGCACAAUAAAAUGUGUUGUUUUUCUGUCUCAUGUCUUCUUGCCAGGUCAAGAUAGUUGAUAGAUAUAGCACAGGCAUAGACAUAAACGAGCUUUUAUAAAACAGUUAUGUCAGUUAGUUGUAUUUUGUUUGGUUUUCUGCUUGAGUGGUUUGUAGAAACCCUGACAUCUUUCUUAUUUUUCCUUUUGGAUUUGCUAUAAGCUAAACAAUAACGAAUUGCAUUCCAAAGAAAGACCCAGAGCAGAAGUAAUUACUAAUCUGUAUACUCACAUUGGCUUCCUAUAAAUUAGACUAGUUAGAAUUGUUCCUAAGUAUUUUCAAAAGUGUUUAACCCCAAUUAAAUUGCUUAUGUAACCAGACUUGGUAGGGCCUUUGGAGGUGUCAAGUCCAUCAUACUACAGAGGAAAUCAAUGGAGUUUAGGAAAGAGAAGCCGUCUCCCUGAAUUCACCAUUUAGUUAGCAGAAAAUCAGCCAUUUUUACCAAAGCAAAGAUAUUAUCUAGGACAACCAUUGAUAUUCAAGACUGCUUGAUAGACAUCCUAAGGACAGUAUUUCUAACUUUAUAUAUAGACAUGAGUUUGACAUGUGUUAGCCUGGGAUGGUGUAGCUGUUGACACCAUCACAAGUCAGCAAGAAAGAAAAGAUAGAGAAAUCCUGGAAAAUAAAUUGCCUUUUACCACACACAUGGAAUCCCAUGCAGGGCCAUACAAUUGGUAAGUUGAUUUGACAUAAAUGGACACAAAAUAAAUCUCCAGUUCUACUUCAUCCUAUUGGUUCACUCACAGGUUAUGGUACAUGGUUCAUGUCUGACCAAGUUAGAGUCUCAGAAAUUCCUGAGUAAUGGCUGGACAUCUGCACAUGUCAAGAACAGUUUCAAUGUGUCUAUUAUCCAAAGGGAGGCUACAGUUUUGAAUGAGGGAAGAUGGAGGAAAUCUAAGCCUUCAUGCUUUAAAGUAAGAUUAAAAACUGAAUAUGAUUACUAUUUGUAAACAACCCUUUUAUCCAUCAGAGCCAUGAAAGGGGCCGAGUUGCGGCUACAAUCGUGUGUUCCCAGUAAGGUCAUGUUGCCAAUAGAGAGGCUUUGCUCCUGUGCUCACUGACACCAGCAGCUGCAGAGGUGAUUGGGCCCAGAAUGGGAACUAGCCUCAGAUGAACUCUUCAUGACCACGUUUCCCAGGAUUAUAAAUCAAAGGAAAGGCAAUUGUUCUAAGUCAAAUUGGCAAUAAAAAGAAACAACUUAGAGCAUUGCCUGUUGGAACUUGUUUCUUUAUCAGUGACAGCAUUUUAAUUUAGUCUUUGGUGUGGUUUAGAAUCAAGAGCGGCUUGUUCUUUUAGGCAUCUCUUGAUCUAGGAGCCAUCUAGGCAUGGAGGAAGAAUGCUUUCUAAUAUGUAGGACCUCUUCGAUCAGAUUUGGAUUGGUUUAGUCACUUGUGUCGAGGACAAACAUUCCUGUGAAUCAUCUCCAUUUAUGCCUAUAAUUUGAAAGUCCAGCACUACUUUAAUGAUUUUUUUUCAGGGAUAGUACUCCAAAAGCCUGUUACAAGAUGGUUGUGAUCCUGUAGGGAAUUUCCCUACAUGGUGUAUAACUCUUUCUGUAUUUCAGUGUAUCUGGGAGAAGGGGCUAGAGUACUGAUCUUAGAAUUCUUCUACUUUAAAAACUUGAGGGUUUGUUUUAGUUGAUUCCUUGGCUUUCACUUAGCUUUCCUUACCCUGCCUUCCAAGUUUUGCUCUAGCCCAGACCUAUUGCUUCCUCUAACCUGGUCCUGUAUUUGAGUUUACUCCUUUGGUUGUGCUGUUCCUACAAGUCAUUCUCUGUCUCCUUGCCUCCACGCGUCCAAAUUCCACCCAUCCUUCAAAAAAAGUCUACUUAAAUAUCACUUCCUCUAGCAAGCUCUUUUUAUUUCUUCUAAACAUGUAUCCUUAUUUCUGAACUCUUAUAAUAAUUUUAUCCGUACAUCUUUAGUGGUUAUGACCUCUUAACUUCUUGUAUAAGUGUUUGGACAGUUGUCAUCUUGAAUUAUACUUUGAUUUAGAGAAACAAAUAAAAGUUACACACUUCUUGAGGGCUAAAACUAUGUUUGAUUCCCCUUUGUAUUUCAUACAAUGCCUGAUAUAUUUAAGAGGCACUCAGUAUGUAUUUGACUGUAUGAAAUAAAUGGAUCCUUCUAUGUGUCUCUAUAUAUGUCUAUUCUCUGUGAAGUUUUCCCUUUUGACUUAAUAUUUUCUUGUAUUUCCAUCCAUGUGACUGUAUUGCCUUCCUUUUACCAUCAUUAUAUAUGCAUAUAAAACUUCAUGCUUAUUAUUUAAAAGCAAA